AUGGCAGACAAAAACGACGCCUGUCCCGUCGACCACAAGACCCGCGACGCAUGGCUCGCCCAAGCCCGUGAAGCCGAAGCCGCAAAAGCAGCAGGAUGUCCCGUCGACCACACAGCGCAGCAGCAGCCCAAGUCAUGGACGCAGACGUUUACUUCAUACCUAUGGUCUUCACCAGCGGCUGUACCUACGCCUGCGCAUAAACCUACGAACGAUGGUCUUGAAACAGAUCGAGUAGUUUCCACGAUUCCGCGAACUACGGGUAACCCCGUGGCGUGCCCUGUCGAUCAUGAGAAAGAACCUGCGAGACCGAAGAACCAUGAGAUGGAGACUGGUAUGGAUCCCUCUGGAAACUGGGUGUAUCCUUCCGAGAAGAUGUUUUUCGAGGCGAUGAAGCGAAAGGGUUAUGAUGCGAGGGUGGCGGAUAUGAAGACUGUUGUGCCGAUUCACAAUGCUGUUAAUGAAAGAGCCUGGAAGGAGAUCAAGGAGUGGGAAGCGCCAUACCUUGAGGGAACGACAUGCGGUGGUCCCAAGCUCGAAUCUUUCGCCAACAAGAUGGAUCGCAUGACUCCUACCGCCCGCUUCAAGACGAUGAUCGGCUACACAGCACCCUUUGACCGUCACGACUGGGUUAUCGACCGCUGCGGUACAAGAGUUGACUACGUUAUCGAUUUUUACUCUGGACGACCUAAUGGAUCUGGCGGACCUAGUUUCUACCUUGAUGUGCGGCCAAAGCUGAACACGUGGGAGGGCGUCAAGAUGCGAGCCAAGCGAUGGGCGUUCUUGGCAUAA